UGGAGGCGCACUUCCGUCCCGCAUAAUUCGGUUUAGGGGAGCAGGUGCAGGGAAGGGGACUGAAGCGUCACCUCAGAUAAAGCAAUAUAUUUGAUUUACUGUAGCGUUUAAUUCAUACCUGGACGUUGGGUCGGAAGAUGGUAGCAAAACAAAGAAUCCGUAUGGCAAACGAGAAGCACAGCAAAAACAUCACCCAGAGGGGGAACGUGGCGAAGACCCUGCGACCGCAGGAGGAGAAAUAUCCGGUGGGGCCAUGGCUUUUGGCACUCUUUGUAUUUGUUGUUUGUGGAUCAGCCAUCUUUCAGAUAAUUCAAAGUAUCCGAAUGGGAAUGUGAGUCCCAGCGUUCCUCACAUACUCUGCCCUACAUCUGAAUGAGCUUUUUGGGUGACUGGAUACAAUCUGAAGGAAGACUGAUUUGUGGGUCAGAGGCUUGUAUGCUCAGCUGGAUCUAGUGUACAAUACUACACGACAUUGUCACACAUGUUUACAGUGUCCCUGGAUGAAGGGAGCACAUGCUUUUCUACAAAACCAUUGUUGCUGUUGGCACAUCGUGUCAUGUUCGUCCUAUUUAUUUGUGAUUGAUGAUUGCCAUGAUCUAUUUCUCUAUUUAACCGUUUGCGUGAGCCUUUUUCAAA